UGGGCACGCUCACUCAGUCGAAGAAGUAGCCGCACGGCAACUGCUGUAAAGACAGAGCUUCCUACGCUGUUUCCCCUGCCUUUUGUCUCAGGAGCUGAGCACUCACAGCAUCAGUAGAGCUUUAUUUCAAAAUGAAACGAGUUUGGGUGGUAGGGCUGCUUUUCGCACUUCUAGCCUUCGCUGCUGUAAGGGCUGAGGAUGAAGUGGAUGUGGAUGGCAUGGUUGAGGACGACUUGGGAAAGAGCAGAGAUGGCUCCAGAACAGAUGAUGAGGUGGUGCAGAGGGAGGAGGAGGCUAUCCAGCUGGACGGUUUGAAUGCUUCUCAGAUUAAGGAACUCAGGGAAAAGUCUGAAAAACACGCUUUUCAGGCAGAAGUCAAUCGUAUGAUGAAGCUCAUUAUCAACUCUCUCUACAAAAACAAGGAGAUCUUCCUCAGGGAGUUGAUCUCUAAUGCCUCGGAUGCUCUGGAUAAGAUCCGGCUGUUGUCGCUUACUGAUGAGUCAGCGUUGGCAGCAAAUGAAGAGCUUACCAUCAAAAUUAAAUCUGAUAAGGAGAAGAACAUGCUCCACAUCACCGACACCGGUAUCGGAAUGACCAAAGACGAGUUGGUGAGAAACUUGGGCACCAUCGCCAAGUCGGGCACCAGCGAGUUCCUCAACAAGAUGACGGAGAUGCAGUCUGAGGGGCAGUCUACGUCCGAGCUGAUUGGCCAGUUUGGAGUGGGUUUCUAUUCUGCUUUCCUUGUCGCUGACAAGGUCAUUGUGACAUCCAAGCACAACAACGACACCCAGCACAUCUGGGAGUCAGACUCCAACCAGUUCUCGGUCAUCGAGGACCCCCGUGAGGACACGCUGGGAAGGGGAACCACCAUUACACUGGUCCUGAAGGAGGAGGCCUCAGACUUCCUUGAACUAGAAACCAUCAAGAAUCUUGUGAAGAAAUACUCCCAGUUCAUCAACUUCCCCAUCUACGUUUGGGCUAGCAAGACUGAGACGGUUGAAGAGCCCAUCGAUGACGACGCUGAGGCAGAGGAACCAGAGAAGGAGACUUCUGAAGAUGAGGCUGAAGUAGAGGAAGAGGAGGAGGCUAAAGAUAAGCCAAAGACCAAGAAGGUUGAGAAGACAGUUUGGGACUGGGAACUGAUGAAUGACAUCAAGCCAAUCUGGCAGAGACCGGCCAAAGAGGUUGAGGAGGACGAAUACAAGGCCUUCUACAAGACCUUCUCAAAGGACAGUGACGACCCCCUGGCUCACAUCCACUUCACUGCUGAAGGUGAAGUUACCUUCAAGUCCAUCCUGUUCAUCCCCACGUCGGCUCCACGUGGCCUCUUUGACGAGUACGGCUCAAAGAAGAACGACUACAUCAAGCUGUUUGUCAGGAGAGUUUUCAUCACAGAUGACUUCAACGACAUGAUGCCCAAAUACCUGAACUUCAUCAAGGGAGUGGUUGACUCUGAUGACCUUCCUCUGAAUGUGUCCAGAGAAACUCUGCAGCAGCACAAACUGCUCAAGGUCAUCCGCAAGAAGCUGGUCCGCAAGACUUUGGACAUGAUCAAGAAGAUCGCAGAUGAUCAGUACAACGAAAAGUUCUGGAAAGAGUUUGGAACCAACGUCAAGCUGGGCGUCAUCGAGGACCACUCCAACAGAACCCGUCUGGCCAAACUGCUCCGCUUCCAGACGUCCAACAGCGACACCGUCCUGUCCAGCCUGGAGCAGUACGUGGAGCGCAUGAAGGAGAAGCAGGACAAGAUCUACUUCAUGGCAGGGACCAGCAGGAAAGAGGCGGAGUCUUCUCCCUUCGUUGAGAGGCUGCUGAAGAAGGGCUACGAGGUCAUUUACCUGACGGAGCCCGUGGAUGAGUACUGCAUUCAGGCACUGCCAGAGUUUGACGGAAAACGCUUCCAGAAUGUGGCCAAAGAGGGGGUCAAGUUUGAGGAAAGUGAGAAGGCCAAGGAGAAGAGGGAGGCCCUGGAGAAGGAGUUUGAGCCUCUCACUACUUGGCUCAAGGACAAGCCCCUGAAGGACAAGAUCGAAAAGGCCGUUCUCUCUCAGAGGUUGACCAACUCACCCUGCGCUCUGGUUGCCAGUCAGUACGGCUGGUCAGGAAACAUGGAGAGGAUCAUGAAGGCUCAGGCUUACCAGACAGGAAAAGACAUUUCAACAAAUUAUUAUGCCAGCCAGAAGAAAACACUAGAAAUCAACCCUAAACAUCCCCUUGUCAAGCAGAUGCUCAACAGAGUCAAUGCUGACGCUGAGGACCAGACCGCAUCAGAUCUGGCAGUGGUUCUGUUUGAGACGGCAACUCUGCGCUCAGGAUACCAGCUGGCCGACACAAAAGCUUACGGAGACAGAAUAGAGCGCAUGCUCCGGCUCAGCAUGAAUGUUCCUCUGGACGAACAGGUUGAAGAAGAACCUGAGGAAGAGCCAGAGGAGCCAGCAGAGGAAGAGUCUGAAGAUAAAGAUGAAGAAGUUAUAGAUGACGAUGACGAAUCGGCAGAGCCAAAGGAUGAACUGUGAAGCACUGAAAAGGACGACGUGACAAUGGAACUGGAAAUUGGAGUUCUUGUUCCAUUGCUGCUGUGUUUAAUGUUAUCUUGAGUGGGGUCCUGGGGAUGGUUUUUUUUUUUUUUUUUUUUUUUUUUUUUUUUUUUUAAAAAAACUUUUUUUUUUUUUUUUUUUUUUUUUUUUUUUUUUUUUUUUUUUUUUUUUUACAUUCCUCUUGACUGUAAAUUUGUUAAUAUUUAACUGAACUGUUUAUGGAAAGAUGCAAUUCCGUCUAUUGAUCAAAUAAAUGUUACCACAAAAAUCUAA